GUGUACAUCGGUGCGUCGCUGUGUGUGUGAAUGUGUGUGUGACUCCAGCGCUCUCUUUGCGUACAACAGGACGAGAUGACAUGACUGCGCUCGAAAGGAAGAAAGGAAAGGACCUACGUGGUCAGCAAGUGUUUCUGCGUCCUGAGGAGAGUUCAGCUCCAGCCCUGACUACCAGACAGUCCACCACGUUGUCCGAACAACUCCAGGAUGCUUUGCUGCGGCUGGCAGCGGUUGUUGACGCAUGCUCGCUUCGAGCAGCCCUCCGAGACAGCAUACAGGAGCUGCUACCCAGCACGGAGUGUGUAUGUGUCUACAUGCUGGAGGGAUGUUCGAGGCUACUAUCUGACGACCCGCCGCACGAACUGCCACAGGAGGGAAAGAUCAGGAGUAUCACAGACCAGCUGAAGCGAUGUCAGUGUGCUGGCCUUCCUCUGUCUGAACUGCCAGAGAAAUAUAGAACCUGCCUCGCAGCACCGUUACCAGCACACAGAAGAGCUGUUGUCAUUCCUCUCUUGGAUCAGGAGCGGGACAAAGCCAUCGCUGUUCUAUUGGUGGGCUGUAAUCCACUAUCUGAUCAGGAUGAACUGCAUCUUAACAUGCUGGAGAAACAUGCCUCAGUGGCGUGUACACGAGUCCAGGCUGUUCAGACGUCCUACCGGCCUCCUCUCAGCCCCUCUCCCAUACAGUCCCACAAUGCACUGCUGCAACUCAACGUCUCAGACCAGGACUACUGCGAACUGGACCGCAACAUUCUGCAACUCUGUGGUGAGCUCUUUGACCUUGAUGCAGCCUCUCUCCAGCUCAAAGUCAUCAAUUAUCUGCAGCAGCAGACUCAGUCACAGUGUUGUUGUUUGCUGCUGGUGUCUGAGGACAACCACCAGGUUUUCUGCCAGGUAGUUGGAGACAAAGUCCUGGAGGAGGAGAUCAGCUUCCCGCUGAUGUUUGGACGCUUUGGUCAGGUUGUAGUGAAGAAGAAGUCAAUUACUCUUCAGGACAUCAGUGCUGAGGAGCGUAGGCAGCUGUCCAGCAUGUUGGGCUGUGAGAUCUCAUCCAUGCUUUGUGUACCAGUGGCCAGCAGGGCCACCGGUCAGGUGGUGGCGCUAGCGUGCGCCUUCAACAAGCAGGGUGGGCAGAGACACACAGAGGCAGAUGAGCAUGCAAUCCAGCACUGUUUCUGCUACACUUCAACGGUCCUCACUUCAACUUUGGCCUUCCAGAAAGAACAGAAACUCAAAGUGGAGUGCCAGGCGCUCUUACAAGUGGCCAAGAAUCUCUUCACACACUUGGAUGAUGUGUCAGUGCUGUUACAGGAAAUUAUAGUGGAGGCCAGGAACCUCAGUGAUGCAGAGAUCUGUUCAGUGUUCCUGCUGGAUCGUGUCAGUCAUGAGUUGGUUGCAAAGGUGUUUGACGGAGGCGUGGUUAGUGACGAGGAGAAUGAGUUUCGUAUUCCAGCAGAUCAGGGUAUUGCAGGUCACGUGGCGACCACGGGUCAGAUCUUGAACAUUAAGGAUGCCUACUCCCAUCCUCUCUUCUACCGCGGAGUGGACGACAGCACUGGCUUCAAGACUCGCAACAUCCUCUGCUUCCCCAUCAAAGAUGAGAACAAUGAGGUGAUCGGGGUAGCCGAGUUGGUGAAUAAAAUGAAUGGGCCAUGGUUCAACCGCUUUGACGAGGACUUGGCCACGGCUUUCUCCAUCUACUGUGGUAUCAGCAUCGCCCAUUCUCUGCUCUACAAGAGAGUCCACGAAGCUCAGUUCAGGUCCCACCUGGCCAAUGAGAUGAUGAUGUACCAUAUGAAGGUUUCAGAGGAAGAGGUGACUAAGCUGCUGGUGACGGGGAUUGAACCCGUGACGGAGAUCCACUCAUGCUUCGCCGAGUUCACGUACACACCUCGCUCCCUACCUGAUGAAACCACGCCGUUGUGCGUCCUCAGCAUGUUUGAAGACAUGGGUUUCAUCAACACAUACAAGAUUGACCUGCAUACUCUCGCCAGGUUCUGUCUGAUGGUGAAGAAAGGCUACAGGGACCCUCCCUACCACAACUGGAUGCACGCCUUCUCUGUCUCACACUUCUGCUACCUGCUCUACAAAAACCUAGGGCUGUCCAACUACCUCGAGGACAUAGAGAUUCUAGCUCUCUUUGUCUCCUGUAUGUGCCAUGACCUGGACCACCGUGGCACCAACAAUUCUUUCCAAGUCGCCUCACAAUCUGUGCUGGCUGCUCUCUACAGCUCAGAGGGAUCUGUGAUGGAGAGACAUCACUUUGCCCAGGCCAUUGCCAUUCUGAACACUCAUGGCUGCAACAUCUUUGAGAAGUUCAACAGGAAGGACUACACGCGCAUGCUGGAUUUGAUUAGAGACAUAAUUCUGGCAACAGACUUGGCUCACCACCUUCGCAUUUUCAAGGACUUGCAGAAGAUGGCUGACGACGGAUACAACCCAAAAAACGGUGCCCACCGCUCCAUGCUGCUGUGCCUCUUGAUGACAUCGUGUGACCUGUCGGACCAAACCAAGGGCUGGAAAACCACACGCAAAAUUGCUGAGCUGAUUUAUAAAGAGUUCUUCUCUCAAGGAGAUCUGGAAAAAGCCAUGGGGAACAGGCCCAGUGAGAUGAUGGACAGAGAGAAAGCGUACAUCCCGGAACUACAAAUAAGCUUCAUGGAACAUAUUGCGAUGCCCAUUUACAAGCUCUUAUCCGAGCUGCUUCCUGAGGCCACUGAGCUGUACGAGAGAGUGGCGGCAAAUCGGGAGCAGUGGACCAAAGUGUCCCACAAGUUCACCAUCCGUGGGUUGCCUAGCAACAACAGCCUAGACUUCCUGGACCAGGAAUAUGAGCUUCUGCAGUCCCAGGGGGCUUUUGGGAGCGACGACCACUGCCUCAAUGGUUGCCUUGACGAUGCAGAAGGAGGAAGGGGUCAGUGACAACAGCAGGCUGCUGGCGUUUCUUAAAGUUUUCUGUGGUCCAAUAAAAGGCUGAAGAUACCUUUUUAGCGACCUAAGAGGGAGGCAUCUCUCUGCUGUCAAUCACUUAGAUGCUUAGCAGGCCAUGCAGAAUGGACAGGACAAAGUUUCAAACUAAUUGAAUCAGACAAGUGAUUUGAAACGAGCGGAUCAAUCUGAGCCGGUUCAGUGAUUAGAUGCCACAUGUUGCUCGUGUCUCCAGUUCAGGAAAGCAGAAGGGGGUGACUUUUAUGUUUUUCAGCAGCUACACUGGAAAAACAGGUUUUUAACCACAAUUCACAAGUUUGUUAAUACAGUACUGAUCCUGAUUGUAAAAACACACAUACACACACAUAUGUACAUGUGGAUACUGUUUAGACACACAACAGAGGAAAAAAAAAUUCUUAUGGAAAAAGACUACUUCAACAUGUAACAGUGAGACAAAGUGCUAUACUUUCUGUAAAACGUUUCAUAAUAGCUUAUAUUGAUUUCAAUGGCUCAGCUUCGUUCACACACAAGCAGCUGCCAUAAUCUUCACCUGAUGCUUAUGAAUGCAUGCUGUAUGGACACCUCAUGUAUUAUCUUCGUCAGUGUUGAUUUCCCCAUGGCUAAGAAAUUAAUGCAGUCCAUUUUUUUAUACCCAUCAGAACAGAUUUUUGUAUUCAGUUCUAUAACAUAUAUAUGAUUAAUUCAUCACCAUGAAGUUGUACAAGGGAGAUUUAGUUAAUUACACAGCAUUAUAACCCUCAUGAUUCACUUUUCCUCAUGUUUGGGGAGGUUUAAGAGACAAAUUGACAAUCUCUGAUCAAUGAGUCACAGAUCCCUGGCCAUAACACCCCACUUCAUGCCUAAAACAUUAAAAACACCCUGUGCAUAUUAACUCCAUGUCACUGCAUCAAGUAUGUAUCUACACCUCAAACAAGAGUCGCUCAUGACCUAAAAACACACCCUCAGUUUAUUUUUCUCUGAUAUCCUUUCCACUCCCUUGCAUCGUUCUCACUUCCUUUUACUUUUUAGUUUACUGAUUUCCUCAUAAACCACUUUAGAUAUAGAGCAACCGAACCCCUUUAAAAGAUCCAUCUCAUCUUUUAGUGUAAAUGUGCCACAGUAGAGUGUGUUAUAUGGAGUGUGUCAUUGAGUGUGUCAUAUGGAUCUGCCUUAUUGCGCAUCUUUGCUGCCUUUCUUAGAGCUUUUAAUAUAUGAAAAUUGAAAUAAAGAGUCGGUUUAGUAUGUAUGUUGUAUAUUUGUUAUAGACAUAGUUUGAGUAUAAAUGUGGUGAAUGAAGGAUGAAUCACAAUGCUCAAAAGAUGAUUUGUGUAAUGCCUGUGUGAAGACCUCAGAUGUCAUGUUCACUUCUUUCUAUUUUUUUUGUUACAACCACCAGUGGCUAUAAGGCAGACACAACAGCAUUUUUUUCAGUUCUCAAUGCAUCCAACAAAAAGUUUUUAAUAGGAUUCUCAGCGUCUGAGAAAAAAAGAAAACAAUUGGGGACCAUGGGGUUACAAUAUGCCAUAUUCAGGUUUACCUUACAAUGUUUAAAAUAGGAAAUGCUGCAGAGUUAGGGUAGGUAACCACAGAAUAGUUACACAAAGAGAAACUUCUGUAAUGGACACCACUAUUGUAUGUAAGCUGUGUGUGGAGGGGUGAUAGUGAGUGUGCAAAUGAGUGGAUGGACGAGUGGGUGUGAGAGAGAGAGGGAGAGAGAGAGAGAGAGAGAGAGAGAGAGAGACUGGAGGUAGUUGAUCAAUAGGGGGAAUGCUUAGUAUAACCAGUCUUUACAAAGAUGGUGUUGAUGAUGAUGAGUAAACCUAAAGUGAUAUUUGAGUUUCAUCAGUCAACAAUGCUAAUGAAGGUAGAUGAAAGCAAAAAAAUUCAUCAAUCAUAGGAUAUAAAUAUAUUUUUUCUUGAAAGGGUCUAAUGAGGGUGCAUUAGAGAGGAAGGUAAAUUGGUAAGCAAAGUGGUUUGAUGUAUGCGUUAUAUCUACAGUGGGAUAAGCAUCAGCGUGAUGGGAUGGAAUCGUUUGAUCUGACUUGGUCUGCUUCAUGGACUGAAUAUUUUUUACGGUAAAUUUCUCAAAGGACAUACAGAUGUGUUUGUAGACUCUCUGAGCUCUUUCUCUCACAUGUGGUUUCCCCACUUCUAUUAUUUUCAACCACUGUUUCACAUGUACCUGCCUUUUUCAUGUGCAAUAUGAAGUGUCUGCCUCUGUGACCUUGCAUAGAUUCCUAUGUAAAUACCUAUGCCUCUUGUUAAAUUAUUAUUAGGUCUGAGUUUCCAAAGGCAUUUAAUUGUUAGGUCAUGAUGUUUCCAUUGAUAACAAUUCAAAUGCCUGUGAUCAUUUUAAUCCUAAAAUGCUUUUGGGAGUCCAGACCUAGGCCAGUUUUCUUUACUGAGUGUGUAUCUGUCCCUUUAGGUUUGUUUUAGACAGUCAGGGCUAAAUGUGCCAAGCAAACAUCGUCUAUUUCCUGGUCAAGCUGCAAAGUAGAAAAACAGAAAUACCUUCAAUUAUUUUUGUUCUCUAAUGUUGGACGGAAGCUGAGGGCUGUGUUCAUAUAAAACUUUUCUGAUACAUCAUGACCAGGUCUGAUAUUGCGGCUCAUCCAGGAAGUAUUAACCCAAUCUAUUUCCCAUUAUCACAGAACAACGGGACUCUAACCUGUGAUGUAAUGUCAUUGUAAUGAUCACCUGUGACAUAAUUGUUAAAAGUGGCAAAAAUAUAAUUGCUGUAAAUAUCCAAGUUUUAAAAGAAAAUGUUACUUGAUUGUUAUUAAAACAAUGGGAAGUAUUUCAAUGUAUUUAAAGUGGUUGCAUCGUGUUCUCUUUUUUUCAUACCAUUUUUGAACAACCCCAAGCUUAGACAGGAGAUAAAAGAAAACCAUAUGUGUAUUUAGGUUAUACAUAUGAUAUUCUACCACAAAUAACAACCCAAAUUAAUCUGAAAUGUAUACAUGAUGCUUAUACUGAGGACUAAAUCCAGUCAUCUGUUAUUUGUUUUGUUGAGUUAUGAGUGCUGGUGGUCUUGUUCUUCUUCAGAUGUAAUGAACAAGGACAUUGUUGACAAGAAGACA